AUGUGUUUCUCAGGUAUCGGCUGCUACAUGUUCCGUAUCGAUGACUUUGACGUGGUGGACGCCACGAUGCACAGCAAUGCGGGGCGCUUCAUCAACCACUUCUGCGAGCCCAACUGCUACUCAUGCGUCAUCAACGUGGAGGGCCAGAAGCACAUCGUCAUCUUUGCCCUGUGCAAGAUCUACCAGGGCGAGGAGUUUACUGUCAUGACUAAGUUCCCCAUCAAAGACCCAGCAAGCAAGCUCAACUGCAACUACGGAGCCCAGAAAUGUAGAUGCUUCCUCAACUAGGGGCAGGACGAAGUGGGACUGCCUCAGUCCCAGCAGGGUAAGCAAGGUGCUAGGGGAGGGGUAAGAGAG